AUGUCGAAAAAAAUACCUAGUGGUACCAUUCCUCGUGAAAAUAAAAGUGAAAUAAUAAUUAAAAGUGUUAAUACCGAGGUUAAUAGUGAACAAAGUGUUGAACUUAGUUCUGUAGAUAGUGAAAAAAAUGAAGAAUCCGCCCCAGAAAUGUUGUCAUGCUGUUCAUAUAAAGGUACGAAUCAAAAUGAAUCUUUUGAUAUUGUUUUUAAAAAUAUUAUUGAAACUUCUUCUGAUCCGACGGAUAUUGGACAUUUUAAAGAAAUCGUUUUAGAUGCUCAAACUAAACGGUUCAUAAUUGAAAAUGGGCAUAGUAAACCUAAAGCUAAAGGGCCCUUCGCUAAAAAUUCAGACGGUAGAUCUUUUUUUGAAAAGUAUUAUUUUACAGUGUCCAAAUCUGGUUUAAAAAUCGAACGUUCGUGGCUAUGUUAUUCGACUAUACUUCAAAAAGCGUAUUGUAGGUCAUGCUGGCUAUUUGGAGAUCGCACAUCCACUGGCUUUCAAGAAAUUUGGACUACAGGAUAUUGUGAUUGGAAACACAUAGUAGAUGGUAUUAAAAGACACGAGCAAUCACACGUUUACUACAUUUCCUGUUUAGUAUAUGAAAAAUGGUUUUUAAAUAAAACAUUAAACGAAGAACUAGAACAGAAUAUAAAAAAAGAAAAAUUAUUUUGGCGUCAGGUUUUAGAGAGAAUUUUAAAUAUUACUCUUACAUUAGCUAUGCGAAGUUUACCUUUUCGUGGUCACAGAGAAGAGCUCGGUAGUGGAAAAGGAGAAAACGGCAAUUUUAUUUGUUUUAUUAAGUUACUUGCAAAAUACGACCCAGUACUAGAAAAAGUUAUUAAUCAGGAAAAAGAUGAAUAUGGAAACCCAAAAAAUGUAUGUGUUAAGGAAACUUUUUUAGCAUUUCAUGAAGUUGUUGAUCAAUCUGCUUCUUCUCUUUCUGAACUAAUAUUACAGAAUAUUGAAAAAAAGGGAUUGUCUAUCGCCAAGUGUCGUGGUCAGGGCUAUGACGGGGCUGCCAAUAUGAGUGAUAUGUAUAAUGGCCUACAAAAAAGAAUUAAAGACAUUGAGCCAAGCGCAGCUUAUGUCCAUUGCUCUGCUCAUAAUUUAAAUUUAGUUGUCAAUGAUGCUGUGAAAGAAAUAACAGAAAUGAAAAUCUUUUUUGAUGUUGUUCAACGAGUUUUUGUUUUUUUUGGACAUAGUAUAGUAAGAUGGCGUAUAUUAUCAGAUUUAAUUAAGGAAUCGAACAGUCAAAAUGGAUUAUUAAUAAAAAAACUUAAUCCCACAAGAUGGGCUGGUCGUUAUGAAGCAGUUUUUGCGCUUAAAAUUAGAUUUGUUGAAAUUCAAAAAGCUUUAACAAAAGUUAUACUUUGCAGCUCUAAAUGUAAUUUUAAUGAUCUCUUGGAAGAAGCAAAUAUAGUUGCUAAAAGUUGGUCUAUCUCUACAGAGUUUCAAAACAAACGUCGUAAAGUUGUAAAAAGAUAUUUCGAUGAACUAUGUACUGAUAUGCGUUUAACUUGUCCAGAAAGCUUAUUUCGUGUAACUAUUUUUAAUAGAACGUUGGAUAGAUUAAUAAAUCAAAUAAGUAAACGUAUUUCAAGUUUUCAUGAAUUAAUGCUAAAUUUCACAUGUUUACAACCAUCUUUUCUUACAUCAGCAACAGAUUUAGAGCUUUUAAAUGAAGCUACGAAGUUGGUAAACAAAUAUGAUAAAGACAUAUCAAAAACAUUUACAAGUGAAAUUUUAGCUGUAAGAUCAACUCUUAAAAAUCAAAUAAGUCAACUUAAUUCAACUAGAGAUCUUGCUCAACUUUUAAUGGUGAAAAAUCAUUCUUUAACAGCCAGUUUCUCAGAAGUAUGUACUGCUCUUUUAUUAUUUUUGACAAUUCCUGUUACAUCUGCAAGCGCGGAACGGUCAUUUUCGAAACUAAAAAUUAUUAAAGGAUAUUUAAGGAGUACAAUGAUGCAAGAUCAUUUAAGUGGUCUGGCAUUAAUUUCAAUCGAACAAGAAACAGCCCGAGAAGUUGACUUUGAAAAUUUAAUCGAUAUGUUUGCCGAAGCAAAAGCAAGAAAGAAGAAAUUUUGA